GCAUCUCGGUCGGCUCAACAGUUAAAGUGAAGUCACCUUUAAGGAGCUUGAAAACCGGAGCUUAUUCCCUUUAACUCUGACCUUCUGUGAAACCAUGUUUCCACUCGGAUCCACUCGGGAUCUGCGAGGCGAGUGAAAGCGUCGGAACCGGGAGGUUUGCGGUUCGUUUGGUUCAUCUGCCGCUGAAUGUUGUGAUUCUCUCCGAGCGGAUGAUCCGUUAGCUUAGCUCUGCUCCUCCGCCAUGUGUCCACCCGGCUGUUCGCUCUGACCGAUUCACCGACGCCGGGCUGGAGAUGAGCUUAACGCAGUGGCUGAGCGUUUCCAGGAGGCGGCGCUGUUGAGACGGGACUGAUUGGGCUUCUGCCGCCGCCAUGGACGAGUUCUCAGGCCGUACCUACGGCACCAGCGGCCUGGAUAACCGACCUCUGUUCGGAGAGACGUCGGCUCGGGAUCGGAUCAUCAACAUGGUCGUAGGAGGCUUCACGUCUGUGGUGGUUCUGAUAACCGUGAUCUUCUCCUUCGUCUUCCCCUCGUUGCCUCCGCGGCCGCUCAACAUCUUCUUUGCUGUCUGCAUCCUGCUGGCCUGCGGCUCCACCAUCGUGCUGAUAUUCUGGUACCGACAGGGCGACCUGGAGCCCAAAUUCAGGAAGCUGAUCUACUACAUGCUGGCCACCAUCGUGCUGCUGUGUUUAUGUGCCAACCUUUACUUCUUCGACGUCAGGUAGAGGAAGAGGAGGAGGAAGAGGGGACCUCAUGGCUUUGACUGACAGAGGGAGGUCCAACGUGGACCGAGACGGGACCAAAAACACGGAGGGUUAAAGUUCCCGGGGUCAGAGUUCAGACGGCGGAACUCAAACAGAAUUGUUUACGUCCCCGUGAAUCCUGACCCUCCAGCGAGGAUCCAACUUGUGUUUCAGUGAUUGGAAAUAAAGAUCUGAACACACUAAGCCUCCACCGGGGGCGCUAGAGAGUCACAGUGAUUCACAACCAGAGAAUGAAAGUUGAAGGUUGAAGUGAAAAAUGUUCCAAUUUAAGGAGGUUGGCUUCCUGUCGGGCGAUUUGAGGCUGAAACCUCAGACCUCUGAAUUUGGAUUAAAAGGAUCUUCAAUCCCACGGUGCGUUCAGGGGAGGCUCUACGGUCAGGAAUCCAAAGCUUCUUUUAGUUUACUAGUUGUAACAGGGAGAUUUUUCACUUUAAACCAGAAUCAAGUGAAGCUUUAUCUGCUUUUUUACUAGAUGCUUGCAAGAUGUUUGAUCAAAUUGGAGCUGGGAGAUUAAUCCGAUUUUUGGUUUAUGAGGAUUUUAAUUUUGGAAAAUGUAGAUUUUUGUCCACCAGUUCUGUCUGUAAUUCAGAGUGAUGUCAGCACUCCCAGGGCGGCCAUUUUGUUUUGCUUAUAUGAGAAUAGUAACAAUAAUAACAGAAUAAAGUUGUAGUAUCACCAGAAUAAAGUCUGUUGAAUAAUAAAUAGAAAUACCAAAUCUUUUAACAGUUUAUCAGUUAAUUAUCAGGAUUUUAAAACUGUCAAGGAAACAACUGAAUUUAUUUAAAAGAAAAACCGACUGAGUUCGGAUCCUUACUUUUUUCUCAUAAUUUCGGUUUUUCUGGUAAAAUUGCGUCUUUAUUCUGAUGAUAUGAUUUUAUUCUUGUAAUUAAACAUAGUCUGGUAGCCUGGUCGUAACUCAGACGGAUUUAAAUAAAAAACACAAAAUCUGUUCCAGUAUGAAAAAGUUACAUUUUAAUCUGCAUCAUAUCGCCCAGCCUCACUGAAAUAAUCUGCUCCGUUAAUCCCACUGGUGUUGAAUCUAAGCUGGACUCGUUACGCAUCGUUAGUCUGCCUAGAGACGAACGGAAACUGUUUCUGUUCCUUAAAACUGGAAAAUCAGAGAAAAGUCAAUUUUAGGUUCUAUAAACAGAAAUGAACAGUUUUCCCUCCAUUUUGUCACUUUAAUGUGUUUCAUUGUGAUUUUAUAAAGUAACAGCCUGAAUGAUGUCAGUCAACUGGCCUCUGUGCGACUGAAUGUUGGUGGAAAUGCCAACUUUCCCUGAACGCCUCAGAAAUGUUUCUACAAAACGUUUCCUUCAAGACUGAAGGAAGGAAGUAAGGAAGGAAGCAUAACUGGAAACCAGUUUACUUCCAGUUGUCCACAUUGUCUCUUUCUUUUGUCUCAAAAAAAUAUUCUAAAAUUUUGAGUUUCAUCUCAGAAAUAUUCUGAAAAAACGCGUAAAUUUUUGAGCUCAAAAUGUUGAAAGUUUGCAGGACCUCAAACUAAAAUUUUCAGUUUAACUUCACAUUUUCUAAAAAAAAAAAUCUACAUUUGGAAAGUUUCAAAGAUUUAAAACUUUUGGAGCUCAGACAUUUUCAUGUUUUUUUUAAAAAAA